CCUCCCCGGGUUUCGUACCCUCCCACCCAAGGCCAGAAAGUACGUACAGACGACCCGGACAAAGAAACAAAAAUAACCCAGCUAGGCUUUGAUGAGGACACAUGAAAGCAAUCUUCCAGGAACGAACCAAAGCGGGUGGAUGAAGCCAUCUCAAUGGUCAACACACAAGGCUAAGGCUGCUAUUCCAGUACAGCGGUGUCACGCCUCCUGCUUGGGCAAAGAAGUAUACCCCUGCCACUUGGCUCCUCUGCAGCAGGCUCGUGCCAACCAUUUGAAGCCGCAUUCCUGCUGCAUAUCUGAUGCGUUCUCCUCCUGCUUGCCUCCAUUCACGAGAAGCGAGAGAGAGACAGAAAGAUAGACAGAGAUACACACACACACACACACACACACACACACACACGCCUACACACACAGACCGCGCUCUCAGCCCAGCUUCCAUCCCCCCAACAACGCAGGAAGGCAGCCACCACCGAGUGAACGCAGAUACCCUCAGCUGCUGCUGCACCUGCCACCAAACCAGGGAUCGCUCCAUCCAGUCAGCAGAGAGAGCUUCCAAGAAAAACCUGGCGUCUCGGACUGUUUAAGAAUUCCACCCCCCCCUGCCAUUUAAGCCCUGCCCAACGACUGGGAUCUAAGCACCACCCAGAACACGGCGGGUUCGGGACAGAAAGGCUCCCAACGACAUAUCAAUCUGGUUCCACCUCGUAUUUAUCUUCUCGAACAAGUCUUGGGAGAGGAAAGGGGAGAGGGAGAGGGAGAGAGAGAGAGCUCUUAGGCAAGCCGCUGUUGGCUUCCCUCAUCAUAUACCGAGUUCCAGACCACCUCAGGCUUGCAACGCCUGGCAGCUCUGGAGCGACCAACAUCCUUUCCUGAGCAUCUGGCUGCAACAGGAGCCAUGGCACAUGCCACCCAUCUGUCUCCAUCUGAGAUAUCAUACGAGAAGAUGGACCCUGCCGCAGGUCUGCCUCUCUCACCAACAACAUCAUCAAAUGACGGACAGCUUCCACAGGGGUUCGACGAGCUGGUGCAUCACAACAACAACAACAACACCAACAACACCAACAACGCGAUAUCCUACCAUACAUCGAGCUCUCACAACUUGCAGUAUGGUCUCCCUUCGCAACAGCAGCAGCAACAGCAGCAACAGCAACAACGACAAGUGUAUGGGCGGGAGUACACCUACCAGAGUCAGCCCACGUAUGACUCUCACGACGGUGUCUAUCCAUCACCAGACGAGCCACCGUAUACCACGCCCGCGUCGUCCCCAUCGCAGCGGUCUGACAUUCUCAGCCUGCGGCAGGGCCAUAUCCAAAGGCCAGCGACUGUCCCAAGGCCGCUCGCAGCCAAGACUCGUGUCCAGAAGGCUAAGAGAAAGAAGGGUCGCGAGAGGUCGGACAAGGACAAGGUCCAUCUCGAGAAGCCUCUGAGCGAGAUGGGGGAGGAGUGGAAGCGGUCCAUGCUGGAGAUCGAGGCGUACAUCAACCGAUCAGCCGAGGCGCGCAGACAGGAGAUCGAGACGGACCGCAAACAACCUGGCAAGAUCAAGCGGCCCAUGAACUCCUUCAUGCUGUACCGAAAGGCGUUCCAGAACCACACCAAGGCGUACUGCGAGCACAACAACCACCAAGUUGUGUCCAAGGUAUGCGGUGCCAGCUGGGACCAAGAGCCCGACCACAUCAGGAAGCAGUUCGCCGACUGGGCAAAGCUGGAGCGCACCAACCACCAGAAAGCCCACCCUGGGUACAAGUUCACACCCGCCAAGCCCAAGAACCAGAAGCGCAAGCAUGACUCGGACGAUGAGGCUUCGGACCUCGAGAUGUAUGACUGGGAGGGUGGUCCACGGGGGGUAAAGAGGGACCGCUCACAGACAGGAACCCCCAUUCCGGAACCCGAGCUGUAUGGCCACCACCAAGCGUACUACCAGCCAGGUUCCCAUUACCCACCACAGCAUCAGCAGAUAAUGCACCCCCGCGCAGUGCUGUCGUCGUACAGCUACAGCAACCCAAACAAGCAGAUGCCAGCACCGUAUGGCUCAAUGGCCCUCGGCCAGUCAGGUCAAUACCUGUCGCCCAACUCCAUGGCUAACUCGCACUACCACCAGCGCGGAUAUGCAGUGGAGGAUGUCUCGUACCACAAGACGCCAUCUCCUGGCAAUACAUACCACCAACCAAUGCAGCCAGACAUGAUGGAUCCGUAUGUGACCUCUUCGCGGCAUCAUCCCCUGGAGCACACGCCCCAGCCUGCGCACUUCAUGCAGAACGACCAUGUCGAUACCGGGUUGUACCCCGUGGGCAACAAUUCGUUCGAUCCAAGCAAUCCGCUGCACCUCCCUGAUCACGCCAUCGAGAACACGGGUCUCGACUUCAGUUUCAAUGAUUCCAACCUGCAGCAAGCUGGAAGCAAUGCACUGUCGAACGCGUUCGGUGAUGAGAGCUUGCUGCAGGACCAGCAAGCACAGCAGUUGCUGAGAGGCAACGACGAAUGUUGGGACAUCCAGCCCCUCGACGAGAGCCAAGUCGGUGACCAGUAUGAUGACUGGGGCGUCGACCCUUCAUUGUCUCAGCCUUAUCCAGUGAAUGAUCCUCCUCUGUCGGAGACAUACACUGCACGCGACUGAAAGAGACGGCCCGUUCUAUUGGAUGCCUCCCCCCCCCCUCUCCUUCUGGGUUUUCUCUCUCAGGCAGAGAACCUGUACGAAUACUGUAUUAAGAUGAUAUUUCAAUAUGUAUGCGGCGUGGACAUUGUGACCAGAAAGGCAAGGCACAUGCGUCAGGACAGAUAGUAUGGCACUGAUUCUAGCGUUAGCAACGCGGUCAUUGGUCAUGGGUUGGAUAUCUAAGUAGCCUAUUGCGUGUAUGGAUGAUGCCACGGCUGGUCAUGAACAGGAAAGGAGUUGGUGGUGCACGGAUUUGGUGGCUUACAUGUGCAUGAUAGAUAUUUCAUUUCAUUCCUACUC